GAGAAUUUGAGGAGGAGUCGAAGCAGCCGACGCCGUCUGAACAACAGAAACACCAGCUCAAACACAGAGAACUCUUCCUGUCCCGACAGUUCGAAUCCCUACCUGCUACUCACAUACGGGGGAAAUGUAACGUCACCCUCCUCAAUGAAACGGACGUGUUGUCCGGCUACCUGGAGAAAGAGGACUGCUUCUUCUACUCGUUGGUGUUCGACCCCGUCCAGAAGACCCUACUGGCGGACCAGGGCGAGAUCCGGGUGGGCUCCAAGUACCAGGCAGAGAUCCCCGACAAGCUAGCUGAGGGUGAGUCAGACAACCGGAUCCAGGAGAAGCUGGAGACCAAAGUGUGGGACCCCAACAACCAGCUUAAAGACCCUCAGAUAGACCAGUUCCUGGUGGUGGCAAGGGCUGUGGGAACCUUUGCUCGGGCCCUGGACUGCAGUAGCUCCAUCCGCCAGCCCAGCCUCCACAUGAGUGCAGCUGCAGCCUCCAGAGACAUCACACUGUUCCAUGCCAUGGACACGUUGCAGAAGAACAGCUAUGACCUGGCCAAAGCCAUGUCCACGCUGGUCCCUCAGGGCGGCCCGGUGCUGUGCCGCGAUGAGAUGGAGGAGUGGAGCGCCUCAGAGGCCAUGCUGUUUGAAGAGGCCCUGGAGAAAUACGGCAAGGACUUCAACGACAUCCGCCAGGACUUUCUGCCCUGGAAGUCUCUAGCCAGUGUGGUCCAGUUCUACUACAUGUGGAAGACUACCGACCGCUACAUCCAACAGAAACGACUAAAGGCAGCAGAGGCAGACAGCAAGCUGAAGCAGGUGUACAUCCCCACCUACACCAAACCCAACCCCAACCAGAUCAUGGUGCCAGGCAGCAAGCCUGGUAUGAACGGGGCUGCAGGCUUCCAGAAGGGACUCAGCUGUGAGAGCUGCCACAUGGCCCAGUCUGCUCAGUGGUAUGCCUGGGGGCCUCCCAACAUGCAGUGCAGACUGUGCGCCUCCUGCUGGAUCUAUUGGAAGAAGUACGGAGGCCUGAAGACCCCCACGCAGCUAGAGGGCGCCGCUAGAACCGGCUCUGAGUCAGGCCCCCGCGGUCACAUGACACGCCAGGAGGUCCAGGGCAUGUCGCCGUUCACCCGCAACGAGGGUCGCGCCAAGCUGCUGGCCAAGAACCGCCAGACGUUCAUCCUGCAGACCACCAAGCUGACACGCAUCGCCCGGCGGGUGUGCGAGGACAUCCUGCAGCCUCACCGCGCCGCGCGGCGGCCCUACGCGUCCAUCAACGCCAACGCUGUCAAGGCUGAGUGUAUAAUCAGGCUGCCCAAAGCCACAAAAACUCCUCAAAAGACCAAGUUGGUGCCUCGACCGUCUCUGGCCAACAUAGUGAAGGAUUUAGCCAUCUCAGCCCCUCUGAAACUGAAGGCGUCUCGAGGACCCCCGACACCCAUCAACAGGAACCAGGCCAGCCAGCCCCGCGUGGGCCAAAGCCUGCUGGGAAAGAGAGGCUUCGAGAACGUAGCGAACACGGCUGAUUCACUCAGCCGGUCUGUCAUUGGUCCACAGGCUGCAGGUGUGCCCUACCCGGCCAAUGGGAGGCCGUACACUUCAGGUAUGAGAACCACCUCUCAGUCGGUCAUCAAGCGGCAGAAGGUCAGCCAGGGGGAGGCGCCCAACCCUGUGGUGUUUGUGGCUACCAAGGACACCAGGGCUCUGAGAAAGCAUCUGACCCAGUCAGAGAUGCGCCGGGCAGCGAGGAAACCUCACCUCCUGGUCCGGAUCAAACUGCCACCGCCCCCCCGCUCCCUGGUCAUGCCCCUGCUCCCCUCCAGCACCAACGAGCCCAUCGUCCUGGAGGACUGAAGGGUGGAGGGACAUGGGGGGGUGGUCUUUUACCAGGACAUGGGGGUCGGGUUGGGGAGGGUCUGUGCUCAGGCCGUCACUUAACAGGCAGCACAGUAC